AGGGCGUGCCGCUGCCAUGGGUGCCCAUUCGUUCAAGGCAGCGCGCGAGGACGCGAUCGAGACUUCCACCGCGCUCGCGGGGAAGCUGGCGGUUUCAGGCCGCUACCACGUGCCCCCGCGGACUUUCCAGGACGACUACGAGCUGCAGGCCUCCAAGGUCCUGGGCACCGGCGUCAGCGGCAAGGUGCUGCUGGCCACGGCCCGGCAGGGCGGUGCGCGCGUGGCGGUCAAACGGCUGAGCUUCCGGUCUCUGUCGCAAACCGCCAGGGCCAACCUCCGGAACGAGGUGGGAAUCCACCUCGCGCUGGACCACCCGCAGAUCACGAGGCUGCUGGACGUCUACGAGGUUGAGCAGGAGUUGAUCCUGGUUAUGGAAUGCAUGGAGGGCGGUGAAUUAUUCGACCGGGUGAUCGAGAGGGAGGUGUUCUCAGAGAAGGAUGGACGCCGCCGCGACCGCGGAGCGCAUGCUUCUGCCGCUGAGCUACCUCCACAGCCCAGGGCAUUGCCCACUGCGACGUGAAGCUGGAGAAUUAUCCCCGCCGCCGCUGGCGCGCUGUUCGUCCGACCGGCCUCCUGGAGGAUGACAGGAGGACGGAGGACAGGUGCGAUCGAAAUGGAUAGUUUCGAAAGAAUGGGGACGAAGACCCUUAGCAGUUUCUGCCCAUGAUGAACCG